ACAACACGACCUCGAUGCAGCAGUUACUCCGGCCAUCGUGGCGCUCGAACCACUCCGCAUCGCCCGAGAUCGCGGCACUCAAAGCUCCCCAUCGUUUCCAUCGCUGCACCUGAACUCUGAGAUUGUUUUUCCAGGUACUUCACGUUCGUGUGCUAUAAUGGAGGACUGCUUUGUUGAGAACUCCUUGAAUCCAGACACGGUAGACGAGAAAAGAAUUUGCAAACCGGCUUUAUUGAAGAUGCCCUCCAAUAUUGCUCAAAUUCGGUUGGUUAGUCAGCACCCUGAGGUCUAUGAACCCUGUGAUGAUUCAUUUGCACUGGUCGAUGCUCUCCUAGCCGAUCGAGCGAAUAUUUUAAAUCUGCAACCAAGGUUUUGUUUGGAAGUGGGAAGCGGUAGCGGUUACGUAAUUGCAUCUCUAGCCAUCAUGCUGCAUCAACAAAGUUCUGGAAUACAGUAUUUCACAACUGAUAUCAAUCCACAUGCUGCAGAGACUACUGCUUCUACACUCGGAGCUCAUGGUGUUCAUGCAGAGAUCAUCUGCACCGACCUUGCAUCAGGUCUCGAAAAGCGUCUAAUGCUUGAUCUUAUUAUUGUUAAUCCACCUUAUGUGCCGACGCCGGACGAGGAAGUUGGUUGCGAAGGGAUUACUUCGUCUUGGGCAGGAGGCGAAAAUGGUCGAAAAGUGAUCGAUAGGAUCCUCCCUAUAGCGCACAACUUGUUGUCGGAGAAGGGAUGGCUUUAUAUGGUCACUCUAACUGCCAAUAAACCUUCUCAAAUCUGCUUGAUGAUGAGAAAGAUGGGGUACGCAUCACGUAUUGUGGUUCAGAGAUCAACGGAGGAAGAGAGUCUUCAUAUUAUUAAGUUCUGGAGGGAAAAUACGGAGGCCAAGAGUUCUGGGUCUUGGAUCUCUCAUCUUCCAUUGUUGUCUUUUUGGAGAAGCAGUGCUUUGGGCUAAUAUACGAGAUCUAAGGAAAGUGGGGUCUUCAGUUUGAAGAGUUUGAAAUGGUAUAACUUUCCAUUCAUUUUUGGACUUCUUUUUUUUCUUUUUGGAUCAAGUAAAGACA